CCCGCAGAGAACCACCCCACCCCUUAAAGAGGGACCCGGAGAAGAGGUUUAUAACCAGAAGGUUGAUUGAGACUUUACCACCAAGACUUCCUGCCUCGCUGCUCCCUGCUCUCCGACAGCCAGCAUGUUCGGGCUCCUGACUCAGCUCAGACUGACGACCCCUGCCCUCAGGGGCAGCGCGAUUCCUGCAGCCUCAAGAGUGCUGGCAGAUUUAGGAAAAGCAGCCAUCCAUUCUGGUCAGCUGGAGCUGGAGUUCUGCCCGGCCAGGGAGGAGGACAUGGAGCAGGUCCUGGCCAUCUCGGACGACUGCUUCAGUGGACUGGACUACAUGGCUGAGACCUACCAUCACUGGCUCAGGGAGCCCGAUCGCUUUGUGUUCCUGGCCAAGAAACACGGGAGGGUGAUCGCCCUGGGCUCGGCUCUGCUCGUGGACGGACGGCGGACAGCAAUAGGCCAGGGAGUGCGGGUGGACCCCGCCCACCGAAGCCAGGGGGUGGCGUUUGCUGUCCGGAGACACUUGAUCCAGUUCAUCAAGACCUACUUCCCCCAGGUCACCACCAACAGGUGGACCAUGGAGACAGAGCCCAGACCAGACGCCGACAUCCGCCUGCUGGCCCGGGAGGCUGUCCUGACCCUCUGCUGUGAGGUGGCAGACCUGGGCCCGUUCCUGCAGGAGCUGGGCACGAAGCUGGGGCAGCAGACGGGGGGCGGUGGCCCCCAGCCCGUGACCCUGAGCCAGGUGGAGGCGGAGAGGCUGGUGCUGAGCCAUCACGUGGUGCAGAACCUGCUGCCAGCCGGCACCAUCAUGAACGACUGGGAGCCCUUCCAGCCCCUGGAGAGCAACCUGGAGAUCCUGCGCCGGCGGGGCCUGACCUGGGUGGCGGACCGGGCGGAGCUGCCCUCUGCGCUCAGUCUCUGCACCACGCCGCACCGCGUGCCCUACCGCGCCGACGCCCUGCACUUCAACAUCAACAUCUUCAGCGGCGAGCAGACGCCGGCGCGCGCCGUGCUCCUGGCCCAGCUCCAGGGGCUGCUCCCCUCCCUCCGCGGCUACGUCAUCUUUGGCAUCUGCCUGCGUCCCUGCCUCUGGGCCGGAAUGAGGGACUUCUGUCGGAGCUCAUCCGGGGUUUCCUUCUUCCAGGAACACUGGGAGCAGCUGCUGCUGGAGAGGGACCUCUGAGACCAGGCUCAGCCUCGGUCUGCAAGAGAGAAGAUAUAGAUGCAGCCAUUCAGGCACAUCAAACACAUUGCCAUACUGAGAUUUGUCACACUGCCCAGAGAUUCUUCACUAGCCAAAGGAUACAUGGUUCUUGUUAUGCAUUAGAGAUUAAUGAAAACAUCUGCUUCAUUUGUAUCUGUCCUACUUCUUUAAAUCCACUUUUUGAAUAAACCUGUAACCUAUUCCUAAUAAAUAAUAUGGAUACUAUA